UAUUUCUACUUUAAAACUAUGCCACCUAGUCCAAAGAUUACAGCAUCUAUUGCAGCACAAUCUCAAACCGAAUCUAGAACUUAUAAUUGUCUAAAAUUUCUAAUGCAGGAUAUCUCAAUUACAU